GGUGGCCGGCAGCACAGGCUCCGGCACACGGACAUCAGCGAGGCGGGGAUUGAAGCCCGGGGACCGCGUCCUCUCCGCCGCAGCGGGGCGGGCGGGGAGGCGGAGCGGCGGCGGCCCCUUCCCCUGCCGGUGCCGGGCAGCCCGUGGCCGGGCGGCGCGGAGGCGCCGCGGGGAGGAGGGAGGCGGCGGGCGAAGGGCCCGGAGCGGGGCCGGGAGCCUCCCAGCAGAAACUCAAGCAAAUGCUUUGGCUCCUUGUUCCUACCUGCUGACCACACCAGGGUGGUCAUGACUCAACUCAACUUCCAGGACUGAAGGGCGGAGGUGGUGAGAGACCUAUCUCAGGCCCUCCCUGGGAGAAACUGAGACUGGGGAAGCUCCAAGGUCACCAGCCAGCCUGCUCCCCUCCCUGCCCUUAGCACAACAAUGGAGAGCGUGUACUCAGUGGAGCCGGCGCCAGACGGUGCUGGCCCCACGUCGCUGGAUGUGCUCAGCUUCCUGGACACCCUUGUGAACAGCACGGAGGAGCAAUGCUUCAGUGCCCGUUCCCGCAGCACCGUCCUGGAAGGGCUGCCAUUCGGCGGCGUGCCCACUGUGCUCGCCAUCAACUUCAUCCUCUGGCUGCUUCUCCUCCUGGUCUUCUCCUGCCUUCGGAAAGCAGCUUGGGACUAUGGGCGCCUGGCGCUACUGAUGGACAAUGAUAGUUUGACAUCACUUUUCUACGGAGAGCAGAGUGAGAAGGAGAAGUCCCCAUCGGAGAGCAGCCCCCUGGAUGCUGAUAACAAGGACAUGGGAUUCUGCUCCUGGCUCAUUUCUAUCUACCAGAUGAAGGACGAGGAGAUUCAGAGCAAGUGUGGGAUCGACGCCACCACCUACCUCUCCUUCCAGCGGCACCUCUUGGUCCUGCUGAUGCUGGUCUGUGUGCUCUCUGUGGCUGUCAUCCUGCCUGUCAACUUCUCAGGAGACCUCCUGGGACACAAUCCCACCCACUUCGGCCGGACAACCAUUGCCAACAUCCCAACGCAAGACCAUCUCCUGUGGCUGCACAGCAUCUUCGCCCUCAUCUAUUUCAUCCUCACUGUCCUCUGCAUGGCUCACCACUCCGUCCACCUUGAAUACAGAGAGAACGAGAAGGUUGCCCGGACACUGAUGGUUACCCACAUCCCCAAGGAGAUCACAGACCCUUCCCUUAUCAUAAAGCAUUUUCAUGAGGCUUAUCCCAGCUGCACCGUGACCAAUGUCCAGUUUUGCUUCGAUGUGCGCAAGCUGAUGAAGCUGGAUGCGGAGAGGCGCAAGGCAAUGAAGGGACGGCUUUACUUCACCACCAAGGCACAGAAAGAGGGGAAGAUCAUGAUCAAAACCCACCCCUGCGCCCGCAUCUUCUGCUGCCGCUUCUGUGGCUUUGAGCAGGUGGACGCCGAGCAGUACUAUGGGGAGCUGGAGGAGAAGCUCACGGAUGAGUUCAAUGCAGAGCGCAACCGCGUCACGCUUAAGCGGCUUGACAUGGCCUUCGUUACCUUCCAGGAUGAGCGGAUGACAGCUGUGAUUUUGAAGGACUACAGCCACAUCCACUGCCGCAAGCACCCCCAGCAGUCUUCUGUCACCACCGUGGUCAAGUCACACCACUGGGGCGUUCGCUAUGCUCCUGCACCCAGCGAUAUCAUCUGGGAGAAUUUGUCGGUCCGUGGCACAUCUUGGUGGGUGAGAUUCAUCCUCCUUAAUAUCUGCCUCUUCGUCCUCCUCUUUUUCCUCACCACACCAGCCAUCAUUGUCAACACCAUGGACAUGUUCAACGUUACACAGCCUGUGGAGUACCUCAAGAACCCCAUCAUCACCCAGUUCUUCCCCACACUGCUGCUCUGGGUCUUCUCCGUCUUCCUGCCCUUCCUCGUCUACUACUCAGCAUUCUUCGAGUCACACUGGACGAGGUCAAGUGAAAAUCAGCUCACCAUGCACAAGUGCUUCUUCUUCCUGGUGUUCAUGGUCAUCAUCCUGCCCUCAUUGGGGCUGAGCAGCCUGGACCUUUUUUUCCGUUGGCUCUUCGACACCCACUUUCUGGAUGAGGCUGAUAUCAAAUUCCAGUGCGUUUUCCUCCCAGACAAUGGCGCUUUCUUCGUCAACUACGUAGUCACCUCCAGCCUGAUUGGGACGGCCAUGGAGCUGCUGCGCAUCCCGGGCCUCCUCGUCUAUACUGCCCGACUCUGCUUUGCCAAGUCUGAGCCAGAGCGGCUCCACAUCAAGCGGAGCCAAGCCUACCAGUUUCAGUUUGGACUGGAGUACGCCUGGACCUGCUGCAUAUUCUCCGUCGUCAUGACCUACAGCAUCACCUGCCCCAUCAUUGUCCCCUUCGGUUUGCUCUACAUGCUGCUCAAGCACAUGGUUGAUCGGUACAACAUCUACUACGUGUACAUCCCCACCAAGCUGAACCAGCGCCUUCAUGUCGCCGCCAUCAGCCAGGUGGUGGUGGCCCCCAUCCUCUGCAUGUUCUGGCUGCUCUUCUUCUCCAUCCUGCGCCUUGGUCCCACCCGUCCUGUCACCCUCUUCACCUUCGUGGUCCUCCUCUCCUGCAUUGUCUUCUCCUUCUUUGGCCUCUGCCUGAAGAAGCUGCAGCCGCGGAAGCCCUCCAGCUACCAGAUGUCUGACCAGUCUGAGGGCACCUUCAAUGAUGUGGAGCGGAGCAGCGUCUCCUCCACUCCCAACUCCAAUCUCUUUGUGGCCACUGUCCUGCAGGAGCCUGAGCUGAGCCUGACGCCGGCAGCCUCCCCGGCACACCAGUCCUAUGGCACUAUGGGCAACCACCUGGAGCCAGCAGAGGAUGGAGAGGAUGGGAGGCUGCAGAGCUUUGAGACAGAGCUGGAGACGGUGGAGGGCGAGUACAGGAGUGGCCCCGUGAUGGAGAGCCAGGCCCGCUACCAGUGAGCAUCCCUGCCACCAGGACAAGGACUGGCCAUGCCAAGAGCAGAGGACAUGCCAGGGGACAGGAAGGACCCUUCCCAGAACUGGUAGGGGCCAUCUUGCUGAGGGGGCAGGGGGAUGACAGGAUUGAUGUGAGGAGGAGAGCCCGUUGCAUGGGAGGUGGUGGGAGGCUCUGCUGGUCCCUCAUGCUGCCUGGACUGGCUCAGUACCCCUGUGCCCCCCUCAUCCCCACCUGCCUCUUCCAGCCCAUUGUGGGGAAGACAGGGUGCAGCUUUGUGGGGAGAGGGUCUCUCUGAGAGGCCAUGCUCUGGGGGCAGGAGGGGGGCCCUGGUCCUUCCAUGAGGGGGAACCAGCCCAGACAGCUUAGACAAAUGUGCCCGCCACCAUGCUGUCCUGCAGGUCCUUAGUAGUGCAGGAUGGCCACCCCAAACCCUUGCUUCCCUCCCUGCCCACCCACUGCCUCAGUGCAGGCUCCCGCUCCCCCCCACUGCCACCCCCGAGGCUUUGCCCAUUAAAGCAGGGACUGUUGAGACUCGUGUGUGUUUGUGGAGAAGGUGAGUGCCCAGGGCUGCUCUCACAUCUUCCUGAGCACCAGUGGCUCCUCCUCAAGCCAGGCAUCAAAAUGCAAGCCUGGCUCUUGCCUGCCCUCCCACCCUGUCCAUCCACUGCUGCUGCACCAUUCCUGUGCUUGGGGAUCCUCGGGGAGGAGCGGGAGGUCAAGGGCCAAGUGUGUUUAAUGGCCGUGGCAGCAGUUUCCCAUUGUCCCAUGCUCCCCAGCAGCAGCAUCCUCAUGCUCACACUCCCUAGGGCUGGCUGUGGGACCCUGCAUGGCUCCAUCCUAUUGCAGAAGAAAUGGCAGGAGGUGCUGGUGAGACCCUGGCCUCUGGGUCCUAGUCCACCAUACCCUGCCCUCGCCCCCAAGCCACAGCUGUGGGAUGCUCCCCCAGCAGCUGCCUCUCCUCAGGAGUGUGAGACCUGCUGUGAGCAGUGUAAAUCCACCAGCUCCUGCUGGGGCAGCAUCCCCAGGGUUUUCCAGCUCAGCUGCAGCUGCUGCAGAGGCUCCUGGGGUCAAGGGCAGAUCCUUGCCCUGCCCAGCUUCUCUCUUACCAGGCUAGCUCACCUGGGCCUGCUGACUCAUCACUCAGCCCCACUUUGGCCUUGGGGUUGAUUUGCCUGCUCCUGAUUUUCCUGCUGGCUUCAGAGCAAUUCCAGCUGCCACCCUAGGGCUGUACAGAGAGAGAAGGGACGAUGACACAGCCCUGCUGGCACAUGGGUUGGUGGCAUAGGGAGUGCUGCUGCCUGAAGACAGAUGCUCAGCCAUGGCACCACUCAGUGUUACUGGUACCACUAGGAGGCGAGGGUGUGGUGUGCCAGUUGGGGGGUGGUGUUAAAAGGCAGCCCAGCAGUGAGCUGUAGGUCUUCAUUGGACUUGUGUGGGCUCUGGGACUUCCCCGUGGGGGCUCCUGGGUCUCAGCUGAGCCAACUGGCAGCCCUGCAGCUGCUGUCCCACCCACGCUCCUGCCUGCUGGGGCGAUGGCUGCAGUGUGCUAGCUAGCGAGCAGUUGCCUUGGGGGGACCUUGAGCUCAGCUGCUCCCUCCCAACCGCAAAAAGCACCCUGGGUGGGGGCUCAUAGCUCCCCACCCAGGUGUCCCACGGCUGCCCACAGCUAAGCCGCUGCCCUCGCUGCCUGCUCCAGGAGCAGCCCUGGCCGGAGCGGGUGGGAUGCUGAUGGCCUCUCUUUGGGUGGAAGCAAGUGCCUGCGAGUGGCACCGCAUCCUCGGAAGCACAGGCUGCUGGUCCCAUUGCCCUCGGCUGACCUGCUGUAGGAAUGUGCCAGAGGUCUGUACCUUCUUGUGGUUUAUUGCUAUGACUGUGCCUUGAAUAAAAUGACUUCACCCA